UUUGUUUUCCUUAUUUCGGAGCUUCCCACAACUUCCUCACUUUUGUUUCAUGUCUGCUAAUAAUAAUAGUUUCUAUAAGUAAGUCCCAUGUGAUGUGAUACGAAAAUAUAUACACGAGGCAUAUGUACACAUGUAGUGUAGUUGACUUGUGAUAAAGUAUUGUGGGUGAAGUAAGGGCGUGUAAUAAUUUUUUAUUAGGGAAUGAAGUUGUAAAUUUUGGGUCCUCAAGUAGCGUACAGCAAAUAAACCAAGGAAGGAGGGUGCGGUUGCAAAAAUGGAUCACCAGAUGGAUGGAGAGUACACGCAGUGGAGCAUUCUGUUCCUUCAGAAUCCAAUGUCAAUUGCGACUCUGCGGAAAGCAAAGUGACAAAAAGUGCGAGACCAGAGAAAACCAUCAUAUACAUAAUUCACAUUUAUUAGCUCUACAAACUCUAAAGUACCAACCAAUAAUAAUAAUAAUAAUAUAUAAUAAAUACACGGUCCUUGCUCAACUCAAGUAAUAGAGUAACGCUCGCUGAGUGGUAGUUGCAAUCCCUCACCGGAAGAAAAACAAAGCAACGAAACGCAGUGCAGCGAUGCGUUUUUGUCCCUGCUUUGGAUCCGACGAUGCUUCUGUGGAUCGCGACCCGGUUCUGCUGGUCUCGGGUAUGGGCGGCUCCAUUGUGAACUCCAAGCCCAAGAAAUUCGGGCUCACCACUCGGGUUUGGGUCAGGCUCCUCCUCGCUGACGUCGAGUUCCGGAAGAAGAUUUGGUCCCUUUACAAUCCCCAAACAGGUUACACUGAGACGUUGGACACCAAGUCUGAAAUUGUGGUCCCUGAUGACGAUUACGGCCUCUACGCCAUCGAUAUUUUGGAUCCCUCGUGGUUUACGAAAUGUAUACAUUUGACAGAGGUGUAUCACUUUCAUGACAUGAUUGAGAUGCUUGUUGGAUGCGGUUACAAGAAGGGAACCACGCUCUUUGGUUACGGAUAUGAUUUCCGGCAGAGCAAUAGGAUUGAUAAGUUAAUGGAAGGUCUAAAACACAAGUUGGAAACUGCUCACAAAGCUUCUGGGGGAAGAAAAGUCAAUUUAAUUUCGCAUUCCAUGGGAGGAAUUAUGAUCUCAUGUUUCAUGUCGCUUCACAAUGAUGUGUUUACGAAAUAUGUGAAUAAGUGGAUUUGCUUGGCUUGCCCAUUUCAAGGAGCCCCAGGGUGCAUCAAUGAUUCUUUAUUAACUGGAUUAGAGUUUGUCGAUGGCUUUCAAAGCUAUUUUUUUGUGAAAAGGUGGACUAUGCAUCAAUUGCUAGUGGAGUGUCCAUCAAUUUAUGAGAUGUUGGCAAAUCCGGAUUAUGAAUGGAAAAAGCAGCCAGAAAUUCUAGUUUGGAGAAAGUAUACCAAGGACGGGGACAAUAACAUCAGUUUGGAAUCUUAUGGACCAACCCAGAGUAUCUCUUUAUUUGAAGAAGCACUAAGGAACAAUGAGCUAAAUUAUAACGGGAAAAUGAUAUCACUGCCCUUUAACCAUGAUAUCCUUGAAUGGGCUGUUGAAACACGUCAACUCAUAGAAAAAGCUAAACUGCCAGAUGGAGUCUGCUUCUAUAACAUUUAUGGGACAUCAAUGGACACACCUUUUGAUGUUUGUUAUGGUUCUGAAAAAUCUCCAAUAGAGGACUUAUCUGAAAUAUGCCACACAAUGCCACAAUAUUCUUAUGUUGACGGAGAUGGAACAGUUCCUACCGAAUCUGCCAAGGCUGAUGGACUUGAAGCCACUGAAAGAGUAGGAGUUACUGCUUCUCACCGUGGAAUAUUACGAGAUGAAACAGUAUUUCAAUAUAUUCAAAAAUGGUUGGGUGUUGAGCCAAUGGAUGGCAAACAAUCUAAAACAUCUAAAGUGGCAGAUGCUUAUCCAAUCAAGCCUGUGGUUCUGUAAACUUGCCAUUUUCAUUCCACAUUGACCAUAAGAAAAUGUCAUCCCAUGCUUCUCUUUUCUUUUUUUAAGAAAAAAGAUGAGCAGCUUAGAAAGACCCAAGGUAGUUGUAUGCGCAAUAAAUAAUUUGGCGUAUCUUCAGGUAAUCAAAAAUUACCUGGGUGUAAUGUAAUUUUAUUAUGUACUAUAUGUUAUAGACUUCAUUAUUGGGUCUUGUACUAUAUUUGGUUGUUAGAAAGUAAAUUGCAUCUUUCAAUUA